AUGCCAAAUAGACCAAUAGUUGUAGUAAUAUUGUUAUGGAAUUGCCAAAAUUCAAUGUUUUAUUCUCAUCUUCACGAAGAUAGUGUUGUUGAAAGAAAUAGUUCGACAACUCCACCAGAGAAUUUUUAUUCGAAAACAUUUAUUGAAUCAUCAACAAUAGAACAAACAAAUGUUUCUAAUUAUCAAAUUUUUACUUCGAACGAUACAACAAUAUCGUUUUUUUCUACAAUCACUGUCUUCAUUACUGAAGUACCACUAUUAUUUUCCAUCAUAUCAUUAACUAUUCGAACAUCUCGAAUCGAACAACAAGAAUAUUUCUAUUCAGUGGACAUACUAAUAAAUAAUACAUGUUCAUCAAAACGAGAACCAAAUGUAACAUUAAUUUUUCAAUCAUCAUCAUUUAAUGAAACAAAACGAUGUUUAUUUCCACCUAAACAUCAUGGAUUAAUGACAUGUGAAAAUUUCACUUAUGGUGUUCGUUAUACAGUCGAUGGAUAUCUUUUAUGUGGUACACGAAAUGUUACUUUGUCAACAAGAAAAGAACUUUAUGAAUUAAUAAAACCAAAAUAUUUGAAUUCAACAAAUAGUCCAACAUCAAUUGAUACGUUAUUUUUCUUACCUGGUUUAUUUUAUCGAUUAGUUAUUGAAUUAACAAGUGUUAAUCAAACAUGUUCAAUUGAAUAUUCAUCGAUUUAUUCACCUUUUUAUCAUUGUUUAUUUAAAAAUUUAAAUCCUGCUCAAUGGUUUGUUUUAACUUAUUAUUUAUCAACAGAUAAUGAUCAAGCAACAUCAGGUGAUGUAACUAUUGUUUAUACUGAAUUGGAAGACUUUUAUUUUCGAUGUGAACUUAACAAAAAUAAUCAACAAAUUGAUUUUUAUUGGGCAAAUCUAAUCGCUUCUGGUUAUGAAAAUUUAACAAUUUUUAUAUUAACCGAAGAAUAUAAACAAUUAUGGAUUAUUUCAUGUGAUCCAUAUACAUCAAAAAGUAUUUGUUCGACAAAACCAUAUAGUUUAGAAUCAGGUAGAGAAUAUCAUAUAACAGCUAAAUUAAAAAAAGUAUUACCGAAUUAUAAUGGUCAGAAAACUGGAACAUGUUCUAUUAAAACAAAUCUUAGUCAAAUACCGAUGAAUUCUAUUCGACAUGAAUUUUUAAAUGAAACAGUUGUUCGAUUAACUUGGCUUAAUCAUCCAUUUCAUGUUCAAGUUCGAUUAAGAAAUCUUGAAACAAAUAUAUUAGAAAAUCCUAUAGAAAAUAAUCAGAGAACUGCCUUAUUCAUUCAUUUAACUGAAGCGAGUAUUUAUCAAUUAGAAUUUAAUAUUUCGAAAAUUCAUUGGUCAUCAUUGAUUCAAAUUACGGAUUAUUAUAUUCAAACAGGUUAA